UAAUGUGGUUGCUCUCUCAGUUAAUUUAUCUGUCAUUUUAUAUUGAUUCAUAGAUGUCCUACCAUGCAGCUGGAGGAUGAUGUGGAUGAUCUUGAGAAUGCUCUUCCAGCAAAUAAGCCAUCGGUUGUUCUUUUCAUUGAUAGAUCGUCUGACUCCUUGAAAAUCAGAGAAAAGAGCAGGAAGGCUCUUGAUUCUUUUAGAGAGUUUGCCCUGAAAAUUCAGAUGUCAAAUGAAAUGAGUGAACCAAAAGCAUUCAGAUUGCAAAAGACAUCUCUUAAGGCUUUUCAAGCAUCAAGAAGUACUUCCAAACACCCUAAAGUAGGGCUUUUGUCAGCAUCUCAAAAAAUAAAUAUCAAAGACAAGAUGUCAAUUGUUGUAUUGAACCAGGGAAAACAAGUCAUCCUAGAAGAUCUGGUUUCGGGUCUACAGGGGAGUACAUUGCAUGAAGUCUUGGCAUAUUCACUUCAGCAAAAGAAGGAAGUGAAAUUGAGCUCACUUGCGAAAGAUGCAAGAUUUCAACUUUUAUCUGAAGAUUUUGACAUCAAAACUGUUCAAGCUUUACCAGGUCAAACAGAAGUUCAGUCGAACAAGGCUUCGGAGCUCCUUGUGGAAGGUGUUUCUGAAGGUAUUAUUGAUCCAGAUAAAAAAGCAAAGCUGCAUGAAGAUGCCAUUUUGGGGAAGCAAUACAAUGAACAAUCUGAAUCAAAUAAAGUCAAGCCUUCUCACGUUUGCCAAAAAGAUGCUGAAACUAUAUUGGUGCACACGGAAGUUCAGUCAGAUGAACUUUGUCCUUUAGAAGGUGCUCUAGUAAGGCCUAUUGAUUCAGGUAAGGAUCAAAUGCCGCAUGUUGAGGAAGGGAAACACAUCGAACAAAUAAAACCUGUUAAUACUGAAUUGCAAAAUGAUGAGAAGAAUUUACUUGAAGAUGAAAGUUCACAAAAAUCUGUAAACUUUGGUCAUGAUGGUAUGCUGGAGGUUGCUACUAGUCCUAAUGCAGAGGAAACAGUCGAGAAGCUGGACGAGCAGAAUGAAAAGAGAAACUUCAGAUCUUCCUUCUUCUUUCUCGAUGGUCACUAUAGACGACUUAGAGCCCUGACGUCAGGUUCAAAUAUACCAUCUGUGGUACUAAUUGAUCCCACUUCGCAGCAACACUAUGUUUUAAGCGAGCAAACAGAUUUCAGCUGCACUUUGCUAUCUGAAUUUCUUGAUGGCUUUCUCAAUGGAAGUCUUCAUCCAUAUCAACAGUCUGAGCAUGUUGUUCCAACAAUUAGGGAUGCUCCAAUUCCACCAUUUGUUAAUCUGGAUUUUCACGAGGCUGAUUCUAUCCCUCGAGUGACAGUGCAUAUGUUCAAUGAGCUGGUCUUUUAUAAUCAGCCUGAUUCCAAAAAUGCUGGUAAUUCUCGAGAUAAGGAUGUUUUAGUUCUUUUCAGCAAUAGCUGGUGUGGGUUUUGCCAGAGGAUGGAACUGGUUGUUCGUGAAGUGUAUCGUGCAAUCAAGGGAUAUACUAAAACCUUAAGGAAUGGGUUUAAGAAUGAGAAACUGUCAUUGAAUAGGGUUAAAUUUGUGGCAGAUGAGGCGAGCAAUGCGAACCUGAAGUUUCCAAUGAUCUACUUGAUGGAUUGUACAUUAAAUGACUGCAGCCCAAUCCUGAAAUCAGCGGUUCAGAGGGAACUUUAUCCAUCUCUACUCUUAUUUCCAGCUGGGAGGAAGAAAGCUAUCCCUUAUGGUGGAGAUAUAGUAGUAUCCAAUAUCAUUAACUUUCUUGCUCACCACGGGGGCCACUUUUACGAUCUUCUUCAGGAGAAAGGUAUACUGUGGAGUGAAGGUGAACCAGGGAUAAAUCAUAACAUGAAUGCAGAGGCUCCUCCAUUUAAGAACUUACCGCAUGAAAUAAUACUUCAAGAAGGACCGCUAACAUUAGAUGUUCAGUUCAGCCAAAAUAGAGCUCCUCUUAGUAGCUCCGCGAAAAUAUCUCCUCAUGUGAUUGUUGGUUCCAUCCUUGUUGCUACGGAGAAGCUUCUAAAUGUUCACCCAUUUGAUGGAUCCAAGGUACUUGUUGUGAAAGUGAAUCAAAGCACAGGAUUUCAAGGUCUGAUUGUCAACAAACAUAUCAGCUGGGACUCGCUUGAUGAACUUGAAGAUAACUUACAGCUUCUGAAGGAGGCUCCUCUAUCUUUCGGUGGCCCCAUUAUGAAACGUGGAAUGCCUCUCGUUUCAUUGUCCAGAAAGUAUAUUGUUAACCAGUCUAUGGAAGUAUUACCAAAUGUUUAUUUUCUUGACCAUAGGGCCACAAUAAGCAUCAUAGAAGAGCUAAGGCUAGGAAACCAGUCUAUCCAUGACUUCUGGUUCUUUUUGGGAUUUUCGAGUUGGGGUUGGGGCCAGCUAUUUGAUGAAAUUUCUGAAGGAGCUUGGAUUGUUAGAAAUUAUGAUGAGGAGCAAAUAGAUGGGGCUUGGAGAUGACCUAGAUCUUCUGGAUCAGGUUAAAUUGCUGAAUUAGUUAUUCCUUUCAAGAGUCUUAAAGUGCGACAUUAUUAGAGUUUAACAAUAGAAUUUGCUUUACAAUAGGCAGCGACUAUCACAAGAGUUGUGUAUAGGUGUAUAAGGAUAAAACAACAUUCAAAUAUCCUAAUGUGGUCUGCUUUUUGUACCAUAUCUUUCAU